CGGGCCACUCGGAACAAUCAACCUCUGGCAAAUGGUGUCCGCGCACGCAUACUUCCCUCCUCCCGUUUCACUAUCGUUCUAAUCCCCUUUCCUCCCCAUGGGACGACGAAGGAGAAGAAGAGUUGGGUAUGGCGAAUAUAGAUGACUACGGGCCUUUGGCUCCCGUCAGCGAUACCCUAUCGCCCUUAGCCGACAGCCAUCGCAACGGGCUCGUUGCCGUUGUCGUCUGUGGCAUGCUCUCGUUCGUUUCGACGACGACGCUGUUCCUGUAUUUGACAUACAAGCUGGUAACAUGGCACCUGAACUACAGAAAGAAUAGACAAAGCCAAGUUCAGCAACAACAAGCCCCGGCAAACGACCUGUCGCUAGGCUUGGCACAGAGAAACUUUGGCGCGACUAAGAAGGCCAUCCCGCAGGAUCAGAGAGAUGCUGAGCAACAGCAAGUGGCAAGGAAGGGAUCACCGAAUCAGUUCCUAGUUCUCGUCUACAACCUAUUCUUCGCCGACAUGCACCAGGCCACGGCUUUCAUGUUAAAUUUGCCAUGGGCCCAGAACAACGAGAUUACCGUUGGCAUCCCGACCUGCUGGGCCCAGGGUUGGUUCGUGUCGACCGGUGAUUUAGCUGCGAGCUGCUUCAUCUGCGCCAUCGCUGUCCACACCUACUUCUCCGUUGUAAGGGGCCAUAAGCCUCCCCAGUGGGCGCUGUAUUUGGUUAUAGUCGUUCUCUGGGUAUUCGUCUAUGUCAUGGCCAUCGCCGGUGUGGCCGCCACCAACAACGGCAGGGGAGUCGGUGGUUUCUACGUCCGCGCAGCGGCAUGGUGUUGGAUCAAUGUGGAGUUUGAGAGCCUUCGCCUCUGGCUUCAUUACUUCUGGAUUUUUCUCUCGUUCCUGGUGACGAGUGUCCUGUACUCUCUCAUAUUCAUCUCUCUCAGGCGGAACAAGGCCUUCUCACAACCCCCAACGCAUGGCCAUCCGUCGGAAUCAACGCGGUCCGGUACCAAUAAUACCCCAACGCGAUCCAACCCUUCAGGUCAUCAUCCUGCCUUCCUUAUCUAUCCGAUAAUCUACGUUCUCUGUACGGCGCCGCUGGCCUUAGGGCGUGUGGUGACCAUGACCGGAACGAACGUAAGCGUCGAAUACUUCUGCCUCGCCGGCGCUAUGAUAGCCUCUAACGGCUGGCUGGACGUUCUCCUGUUUUCGACUACCCGCCAUACCAUCAUCUUUAACGCCUCGCUCGAUAUAGAAAAUACCGGCCUCGAGACCUUCGCCUUCAUGCGGACACCUCACUGGCGGCAGUACGGGAAUAUUGUCUGGGUGCAAGGCGGGGAUCAGCCAGGCAACGGUGAGGGGGAACGCCAGCGGAGGCGGCGCCGGGGCGGCGUAUGGGGGAAGAUCGAAAAAUGGGUGGGGUGGAACGGGAGAGCCGGCCGUUCUAAGAGCGGCGGCAGCGGCUGGGUCGGCGGCCAGGGCGGCGGGAGCCAGGAGUCUCUCAGGGGCAUCACGGGAACGGCGGAGACAGGGAUCCAGAUGGAUACGGUCACGACGGUUGUGGUGGAGAUCGAGCAGGAGAACGCGAAGACAAGGUCGCGGGAGCCGUCGGCGCACUCGAUCGACAGCACGGAGAAGGUGCCCGCCCACAGCGCGGGAAGCCUACGCCUAUGAAGUGGGCAUAGGUAUGUCUGCGACAGUAGACUUAUUACCUAGAUUGACGUGUCAUGAACGUCACGAUGGAAUUCGCGAGGGUGCCGAGGCCACCCGAUCUUAGUACCACGCCCGAAGGUCACGUUGUAUAUAUCUCGACGAAGUUCAAUAGCGUCCCGGCAUUUACUUAAUCUAAACCUAACUAAGAUAACGCUGCUACUCAAUCACGUAUUCGGCACAAGCAUCCUAGGCAUUCAUACUU